AGGUUCAACGUCGGUGGAGGGAACUUUGCUUGUCGGAUGUAAACAUGACUUCAGUGCAGUUCGUAACGUUUUGAGUUAAUGUCGCGUAUUUUCGACGUUAUUUAACCGUCAAACCAUUUCACCAGACAGAACGAAAGUAAAGUAAUGAGUGGAGAGGAGUCCAGGAGAGGCUCAUGGAGGGGUGGUGGAGGAGGAGGAGGAGCAGGAGGAGGAGGAGGGUGGAGAGGCGGAGGUGGUGGAUCGGGAAGCCAAACCUCCAGCAGCCAGAGAGUCCUUUCUCAGGCUACUCUCGAUGUGAUGUGUCCGUACAAAGGAUGGGCUCUCUACUUCACAGACAGCUUCAUUCAGAGCUCGCCGAGUGUGGAGAAGAUCAAAGUGUUUGAGAAAUAUUUCACAUCAAAGAUUCAACUGUACGAUAAGGAUGAGAUCGAGCGUCAGGGCAGUGUUCUGGUGGAUUACGCAGACUUGACUGGAGAUAAAACUGUGCGUAAAGCUCUUCCUGAUCUGACCACGCAGCUGAAGGAACAGCCGGAGGUGAUACUCAACUGUUUGGGAGUGGCCAUUCACCAGGUGUUGACUAUAGAUUUGGAGAAACAGGCCGCAGAACUACAAGGGGAGGAGCUUCCUGUCGCUACACCCAUCAUCAACAUCCCUCACAUCAGCGCGAGGUUGUAUAACUAUGAACCACUGACUGCCUUGCGGACGUUGCGUGCCAGUGUGUUUGGACGACUGGUGUGUGUGAGGGGAACGGUGGUCAGAGUGAGCAACAUCAGACCUCUGUGCACCAGGAUGGCCUUCAGGUGUCAGGGCUGCUCGCACACUCAAUCUCUGCCACUGCAGCACGGGAAGUACGCCACACCUACCAAGUGUAUCCAGCCCAGCUGUCGCAGUCGCUCCUUCACCCCCAGCCGCAGCUCCCAUCUUACUCACACUGUAGACUGGCAGAUCAUCAAGGUGCAGGAGUUGAUGGGCGGCGAGCAGAGGGAGACCGGACGAAUCCCACGCACCGUGGAGUGUCACCUGACCUCCGACCUCUGUGACAGCUGCGUCCCUGGAGACACGGUUACAGUGACGGGGAUAGUUAGAGUCACCAAUGAUGGUAUCUCCCGAGGGAACAAGGAUCAGUGUAUGUUCCUCCUCUACCUUGAAGCCACUUCAGUCAGCAACACUAAAGGUCAGCAGUCCAAGUCAGGUCAGGGGUCGCUGGAAGAUCGUGCUGGAGGGGAGGAGUUCAGUCUGAAGGAGCUGUACGCCAUCCAGGAGAUCCAGUCACAGCCUGACCUGCUGAGACUCAUAGUGCAGUCUUUGUGUCCUGCCAUCUACGGCCACCUGCUGGUGAAAGCUGCUCUGGCCUUGGCGCUUUUUGGAGGCCGACAGAAACACAUGGGCAAGAACAGCGUCCCAGUCAGAGGAGACUCACACAUCCUGAUGGUGGGAGACCCUGGACUGGGAAAGAGUCAUUUGUUACAGGCUGUGUGCAAUGUGGCUCCCAGAGGAAUCUAUGUGUGCGGCAACAGCACGAGCACCACAGGACUAACAGUGACUUUAUCCCGAGACUCAGGAACAGGCGAUUUCGCUCUGGAGGCCGGAGCCUUGGUGCUCGCUGACCAAGGCCUGUGCUGCAUUGAUGAGUUUGAUAAGCUGGGCAGCCAGCAGCAGGCCCUGCUUGAAGCCAUGGAGCAGCAGUCUGUGAGUCUGGCUAAGGCUGGAAUAGUUUCCUCUCUGCCUGCCAGAGCGUCAGUCAUCGCUGCUGCGAACCCCAUCGGAGGACAUUACAACAGAGGAAAGACCGUCUCUGAGAAUCUCAAGAUGGGCUCAGCUCUUCUCUCUCGAUUCGACAUUGUCUUCCUCCUCCUGGACAUCCCAGAUGAGUCACACGACCGCCACCUGUCUGAACACGUCAUGGCGAACAGGGCAGGGAAAGGCCGAACCAGCAGUGCCAUAGUAAGCAGGGCUAACAGUGACUUAGAGACCUCCAUCCUGCUGGAACACUCAGACAUGCCGCUGUCUGAACGUUUGCAGAUCCCUGCAGGUGAAACCGUAGACCCCAUCCCAGUGUCUUUGUUGAGGAAGUACAUCAGCUACGCUCGUCAGUAUGUCCAUCCCUCACUCUCUCCUGAGGCAGCACAGACGAUUCAGGCAUUCUACCUUUCCCUGAGAUCUCAGGCUCACUCUGCUGACUCCACCCCCAUCACUACACGACAGCUGGAGUCUUUAAUCAGACUCACUGAGGCACGAGCCAGAUUGGAGCUCAGAGAGACGGCAACCAAAGGUGAUGCUGAAGAUGUGGUGGAGAUCAUGAAACACAGUCUGGCUGAUACAUACUCAGAUGGUCUGGGCAAUCUGGACUUUGAGCGCUCUCAGCUGGGAUCAGGCAUGAGUCAGCGCAGUGCUGCAAAACGACUGGUCAACGCCCUGCACGCUCACGCUCAGAGGACCAACCAGAAGCAGUUUGACCUGCAGACACUUCGAUCUGUGGCCGACAGAAUGAACAUCAAGGUGAUGGAUUUCGAAGGUCUGGUGAGUUCCCUGAACGAACAGGGUUUCCUGCUGAAGAAAGGAGCCAAGCUGUACCAGCUGCAAACUGUCUGAUCACUGACAGCCGCAACAAACCUGCUCCUUCCUGCAGACCUCACCACAAGGUCAGUGUUCAGGAUAACUGCACAGGGUCUCUUUUUAGAGAGGAGGGAAAAAAACUCAGCGGGGAACCGCUUAUCAAGACCACUUUCACCAAACCACUGACCAGCAGACAACUGUGUAACCGUUUGAAGAGACUGUAACGACUACAACAACUGACAGAGACAGCAUCCCUCCGCAGGAUCGUACAGCCGCCACAGUUUCCUGCAUGAACACACACUUCCUGCUGAAAAGAGGAACUGACUCUGCAUUUAUAUACACACAAAGCUUCAAAUUUAACAUGGUGUUCUUUAUCCUGACUUUAAUUUGGCUGUGCUUUCAUCAGCUAACUGGGACUUCAGUCUUUACUCAAGACUACUGGAAAUGUUAUUUAGUGCCCCGUUUCUUCAAUGAUGGGAUGUGAUGUGUCACAGAUAUGGUUAAGAGACUUUUCUUAUAUUUAAAACCCUAAAAUGGCAAGGUAAGGAUUGUCCAACUGCCUGGGGCAAGAAAAAUGGCACUUCCAGCUCAUAAAUAUCGCAACUCACCUGCCCUAUCAGGUAAGUGGUAACAAAUACCAUGAGCCAUCCUUCCUCUCUCUCACCUCUGUUAAGAGUUGCUCAUGUGUCAAUUGUGAGAAGUUAAAGACAAGGGUAAAGACAAAGUUUAUGUGCAGAAGAGCAAGCGAGCAUUUUGGUUACCCUGGAAACAGGAGUUUAAUUGGAUGAGGAUGACACUGUAUUGUGCAGUUUGCCGCAAUUUUGAGAGCAAGGCCAAUAAAAAGGGAUUCUUUUUUUUAAAGACACGUCAAGUUUCCGAAAAAAACGUUGCUGGUGUGCAACAAGAAGAGCCAACAGCAUCUCACUUACACGGCAGCUAAGAGGGCCUCUGACAAAUAAUACGAUAUGCAUAGAGCAGCGGUAGGCAACCUGCAACUCUAGAGCCAUAUGCGACUAAAAUGUGCAUCAUACAUUUACGGCCUGGUGUCUUUCCCUCUACCUUUUGCCAACCUCAGUAGCCGUGACUCGUCUUUAGUCCCCCUAACUUGGCUAGCUAUGGUUGCAAAUCCAUAAAACUCUCAGAGGAAUAUACAGAAUUUAAAAGUGUGUAGACAGAUUAUUUUGCUUUCACUGCCAAUGCUGCAAAAGUAAGGUACCAAAUAAUCAUAAAUAUCCCACUGCAGAGGAGCCAUCCUGUGGUGAAACAUAUCUUUGAAUGCUCAUUUAAACCUAUUCUAAUAUCGACAGGCUAAUGUAGACUUAAUAUGCAGUGUUACCAUAAGGCUCAAAUAUGUUUUGCAGCUCCAGGCAGAUUUUUUUUUAAAUUACUUUUGGUCAAAAAUGGCUCUGUUGAUGGUUAAGGUGUCUGACCACUGGUAUAGGCAAAAAGCAAAAGCAAAGCAAAAACUGACUUCAGGCAAGUAGAGUUUCUGUCCCACAAACCAGCAGGUGAAGAAAGGCAUUAACGGUGAACCCUGCAGGUACACUUUGCUCUUAAUGUACAUGUAUUUUUACAGCACAUGGUGACUUUCAAAUAGCAGCUGUAUCUAAAUUUUGUUUCUGUUAUAUUUGAAAGGACAGUCAGUCUUUGGCAGCGCGCUGAACUUCAGAGACAAGAGCUGAUAGAUUAGAUAAAUUCUACGUAUGUGGUUUCACUGUCUCACUGUUGAGUUGAUUUAUACUUUUUGUUCUUUACACAGGUGACUUUGUUCCAUAGAGACUUUUCUGAAUACAUUUAAAUGUACUAUAUUUUAUGUUCUUUUUAUGUAAAUAAAUGACAUGUAUAUUUAUGUAUAUAUUUCUGUUAUCAUUCGAACAGUUGCUUCCUUUUGCUGCCAUUUUAUUGUUAACAUAAUUUUCAGUUUUCUAACAUACUGACUUUGGGAUUGACAUCAAGGGUCUCAUGUAAUAUGUUGAUCCACAAAGUUCUCAUUUUGUCUCAAACAUUCUGGACUGUCGACUGUUUCUGGUUUCUUUUUGUAUGAUGUGCUCUUUAUUAUUAAACAUUCACUUUAUACAUUAUUUUAUUUCCCUUUAAAUCUCAGCAUUUUGUUUUUUACAUUAAUAAGAAAGGUUUGCACAUGGAUA